AUGUCCGAGACGGCCCCCGAAGCCCCCGCGGCCGCUGCCCCCGCAGCCAAGGCGCCGGCCAAGAAAGCCAAGAAGCCCGCCGCCGCCAAGCCGCGCAAAGCGGCCGGGCCCAGCGUUACCGAGCUGCUCACCAAGGCGGUGGCCGCCUCCAAGGAGCGCAACGGCGUGUCCCUGGCGGCGCUCAAGAAGGCCCUGGCGGCGGCCGGCUACGACGUCGAGAAGAACAACAGCCGCAUCAAGCUGGGCCUCAAGAGCCUGGUGGGCAAAGGCACCCUGGUCCAGACCAAGGGCACGGGCGCCUCGGGGUCCUUCAAGCUCAACAAGAAGCAGCAGCACGAAAGCAAAGACAAGGUGCUCAAGAAGAAGCCCGCCAUCAAGACCAAGAAGCCUGCGGCUAAGAAGCCUGCCGGCGCCGCCAAGAAGCCCAAGAAACCCGCACCCAAGAAGAGCCCCAAGAAGGCCGUCAAGAAAUCCGCCGCGGGAGCCAAGAAGGCGGCCAAGAGCCCCAAGAAGGCCAAGCCCGCCAAGCCCAAAAGGGCCGUUAAAAGCCCCGCCAAAACCAAGACGAAAGCGGCUAAACCCAAGACUCCCAAGGCGAAGGUAGCCAAGCCUAAGAAGGCGGCAGCCAAGAAGAAGUGA